AUGUCCUCUCCCACCAGCAAUCCUCCCAGCCUCACCCCAUCUGAAAACACCGCUCCCAUCACGAUACCUCCCGUCAACGCGGUCGCUAUCUCUCCUACCAACCAGCCUGCUAUAAUCAGCAUGGCGCUCAGCCCCUCACCCCUCGAGCGCCUCCCCCAAGAGAUUCUUCUUCAUAUCAACAAGCUCCUCAUCUUCUGCCACGCCUCCCGCCUCGCCCGAACUUCAAAGUUCCUUUACCGAAUCUUGAACAAGGAGCUAUACAAGCUCGCAGGCAAACACGACCACUGGUACCCGCUGUACGUCGCAGCAGCGACCAGCAACAUCGCAACUUUCGAGCGCUGUCUCGAGUUCGGCGCAGUGAUUGACUCCCACUGGCCACUAAACUCAACCCUGACCUUUAGGCACGGCCAGCGACUCUUUCUCUCGCUGGGCUGGCGCCCGCUGCGCCAGGCAAUCUCGUCUCGACAGGUCGAGGCAGUCAAAUGGCUCCUUAGGCAUGGCGCUGACCCGGACGAGACGUUCGCGGAAGCUGUGCUGUUGGGUCUGCGUGAAGCACCUCUUGCUCUUGCGUUUCGUCGUGGUUACGGUUCGUUGGAGAAUGUGAUGCCUAGCCGGUCUAUUCUUUUCGCCCUCCUUGAGGCCGGUGCUGGUCUGGAUUAUAUCGAUGAAGGUCCGGCUGAGGAGAUUGAGGCUAUGUACAAUGACUCCAGCUACAUCAGCUUGUACUGGUGGAUCUGA